AUGGAGUCGACCGGACGCCGCCAGCGUAACCCUGCACCCCGAGUCCUUGACUCUUCGAAUGGAGAGAGCCCAAGUGCUGCUCAUGCGAAAAUUAUCGCCGCGAAACCUAUCCAAGAUCUCAUAAAGAAAAUCGGCCUGCUUACCGCAAAACUUCCGUCCUCGAUCCCUCUAGCCACCGAGAGCGACGAAAUCUAUCGCGUCAUCAAGAAGGUCAAAGCUCUCGAUGACAAGGUGGCCGCUCAUUUCAAUCGUCGCUUCGAUAUCCUGUACGGAGAAGACUGUCGCGAUGAGAACGUCGUGUACCUGAAGUCUCUGAAAUGGGACUCGGGGGACAUUCCAAUCGACAUUGCCUUUCUCAAGGAGUUUGGGCACCACUUCCCCGUCAUAUCUCAAAUGGCCCGAGACUUUUUGGCUAUACCUGGAACAACUGCCGUCCCAUGA